UAAAAGAAUAUUUCUUAUUUUAUCAAAAGAAUACACAUAAUUAUAAAGAAACAUGUGGAACGUGUGGUUAGUGGUUUUUUUUCUGUGCUUUGCAAAGAUACAGUGCGAUGAUUGUCCACCUAUUAUAACCAGGGCUGACUGGAAUGCCAGUGAUCCUAAAGAAAUAAAACCACUGUCAAUAAAUCCUCCACCUUAUGUACUAGUGCAUCACUCAGCUACUCAGUCAUGCUUUACAGUAGAAGCAUGUAAAAGGCUAGUUAAAAGUAUUCAAAAUGUGCAUAUGAAUACUAAUGGCUGGGAAGAUAUAGGUUACAACUUUUUGAUUGGUGGCGAUGGAAGUAUAUACGAAGGUAGAGGUUGGGGCAUUCAUGGUGCUCACGCAAUUAAAUAUAAUGCUAGAAGCAUAGGCAUAUGUCUUUUAGGAAAUUUUCAAGAACAAACUCCACCAGAAAUUCAGACAAAAUCUUUAAACGAGCUAGUUUCUUGUGCCAAACAAACAGAAAAAGUAGAAGACCAGUACCAUCUAAUUGGACAUCGACAAGCAAGUGCCACUUUAUGUCCUGGAACUUUUUUGUUUAAAAUAGUUCAAGGCUUACCCCAAUUUGAUCCACAUCCACAAUAAAUAAAGAAUAAAUAGAAGUAGAAGUAUUUGUGGAUUUGUAUAUAAUCCAUAAAUCACUGCAUCAAGAUUCCAAAAAAUGUUUUUAUCAGUAGAUAUGAGUUACAGAGUUUCACCAAGACGGUCCCAAUAGACAAGAUUACAGAAAAUUAUAAAAUAGUAGCAAAUAAGACAUUAAAUUAUAUUAAUUUAUUUUAAUUUAGGCAAAGGUAAUUAGACCUGCGUUCUUGAAUACAAAUUAUAUAUAUUUAAAUUUAAAAUCAUUGUCAGAUAAUACAAAAU